CAGCGCUUGGCUUUAGUUCUCACUUCCAAGCACUACGCGUACGGUUCCGCCUCCUCCUCCCGGGGCCUGAACUGGAGGCUCAAGCGGAGAGUGUGGAAUACCGAAUACUUGUGAUUGAAUGAACUGAGGGAACAUCAUGCUCCAACUGAAUAUUUUAUAACGCUUCACUGAUUAGAUGGAAUCUCUGCUUUUUAUGUAGGGAGAAGAAAGCCCUGGUUUGUUACUUGUUAGCUGGAAAAAGUUAUCAUGGCUAGCAAAAGGAAAUCCACCAUGCCUUGCAUGAUACCUCAUAAAACUCUCUCACUUGAAACGGAUGCAAAUAUUGAUGAGUUUAAAGAAGAAUCUUCUAAAGAAGAACCUUCAGCUCUGUUGCCAAUUACAAACCUAAUGAACAGUGAAAUACAAACUAAUGGGCAUGAAAAUGUAAAUGGUGACCGUUUAUUUUGUAAAUAUUGUAAUUUUGGGUCUCAUGAUACCAGCAUUUUUGUUAAUCACAUGGAUACAAAGCACUUAGAGUUCCAAAAUGAUCCCUCAUAUGUUUGUAUUGUAUGCAGUUUUCUGGUGAAAGAUCCAAAAGAACUUGAAGUUCACAAUGCAGAGUGUCAUGCUGGUGAUACUAGCAUUACAUGGAGUGUGGCAAACCAUGAAAGUUAUACUGUAGUGGAGCAAAGUGUUGGGGACAACAAUGAAAUGACACAAAGUAAUUUAGAUAGAGUUGAGUUUUCAGAUAUUGUAUUCACCAAGACGCCUAUAAUGAAGACUAGAAAAAACAAGCCAGAAACAAAGAGAAACCUUACAAGAAAAGACCUUGCUAAAAAUGCAGUAGAAGAUAGAGACAGAAAAAGACAUUCAGGGCUUAGAAAUUGUUCCAUACCUGUAAGCAAGGCCACUUCUUCAAUAGUAAAUGGUCCUAUCUUAGGGACAGUUCCGGUACUGCAAACUGGGGUUUCUCAACUCGUUUCUUUAAACCCUACUCGAUCUAUUGUGCAACCUAAAAUUCCAACACUUAUAGCACCAUUGGUGCCUAAACCAUCCAUUAAUCAGAACUCUCCACAGCAGCAAGAGAAUCAUUCGCUUCCCACUGCAAAAUCACUCCCAAAAGUAAUGAUUCCACUGAGCAGCAUUCCCACUUAUAAUUCAGCUAUGGACUUUGAUAGCUUUCUAAAAAAUUCUUUUAAUAAAUUCCCUUACCCAACUAAAGCUGAGCUUUGUUAUUUAACAGUGGUGACAAAAUACCCAGAAGAACAGAUUAAGAUUUGGUUUACAGCACAAAGACUUAAACAGGGCAUCAGUUGGUCACCAGAGGAGAUUGAAGACUCACGGAGAAAGAUGUUUAACACAGUAAUACAGUCCAUCCCACAGCCUAUGCCACAGCCUACUACCAUAACUGUUUUAAAUGCUCCACUUGUUGCAAAUUCCAAUAAUGUUCAGCAUUUUAUUCAGGCAGCAUUGCCUGGUCAAAUAGUUAGCCAGCCUCAAGGAGCUGGUGGUUUGCUUGUAACUCAGCCUGUCAUUGCAAAUGGCAUUCAGGGGUCUUCCAGUUCCAUGGCACAAAGUGUAAAUUCUCUUCCAAUCCAUCAACCAAUUAAGGCCAAGAUUGCAUCUUCUGCAGAAAAUGUUGUAAAUACUGACCAGUCUUUAAAUAUUUUAUCCCCCAAUACACCGCCAGAUAACUACUUAGACAUUAGCCUUUCUCAUCGGUGUAAAAAAUCAAAGCAACAGCUCAAUGCCCUUAAAAAUAGCUUUCACAAAAGUCAGUUCCCUUCGCAAGCUGAGGUGGCAAAGCUCACAAAAAUUACUGGCCUUGCCACCAGAGAUGUUAGAAAAUGGUUUAGCGAUAAAAGAUAUCACGUUCGUAACAAACAACCGCAAAGUGCAGAGAACAGAGAGACUAUAGAUGCUCAGUGUGAAAUGGAGGGUAACUUGCUAAAAGAACAAGACAGUUUCUAUACAGUUCCUGCAGUUCUUAAUACACCACGAAGGCAGUCGUGUUCUCAGACACCUGACUUCCCCUCAACUAAAUAUAAGGAGAGGGCUCCUGAGCAGAUCAAAGCUCUAGAAAGCAGUUUUGCCCAAGACAAUUUCCCCACUGAGGAAGAGGUAAACCGCUUAAGGAGUGAGACCAAAAUGACUAGACGUGAAAUUGAUUGCUGGUUCUCUGAGAAGCGCAAGAAGCUGGCUGAAGAGAUUAAAAAUGAGGUUAAUGUACAAAGUGAGAGAGAGGAUGAUGAUGAUACUGGAGAUGAAUUAAAGGAAGAAACUUAUGUUGGGUUAUCGAAUGCUGAGCAUAACAGUCCAACAUAUACUGAAAGAAAGGUUAAUCCAAUCAAGAUCAACCUGAAGGAUCUCCGGGUUACAGAGUCUAAUGACAGCAUAGAUACAUUAGACGAUGAUACCAGCUUUGAUAAUGAAGCGGAUAAUAGUAUUUUGUCCACAUCAAAAAACAAACAGAACUGGAAGAAGACUGCCCAGCAACGGGAUAUUUUAAAACAAAUGUUCAUCCACACACAAUGGCCUUCAAAUGAUGUGUAUGAUGAUCUUGUUAUAAAGACCGGACUGCCUCGUAUUGAUAUUGUACGUUGGUUUGGAGACUGCAGGUACUCGUAUAAAAACGGCCAUUUAAAGUGGUACAGUCGUUAUAAAAAAUCUGCUGAAGCAGCAAAAGCACAAUCCAUCCAGACACUUAUAAACUACCAAAAGCAGCAUCAAAUGUUGUGUGAAGAAGACAUUGAGGAUCUGUGUGAAAGUACCUCAAUGACUGCAGAUGAAGUGAAAGCGUGGUUUGCAGGAAAGCAGGCAGAGGAAGAUAGACUUUUGUUCAACGCAGACAGUGAAGAUCUACACUCUGAUGCUGAUGAGAAGCCUGGAGACCUAAAUGCAGCCUGUAACAGGUUUUCAGAAGCAUAUAAAACCAGUGAAUCAGAAGACCUAGAAUCUAAGGAAGCCGGUUCAGAUUCCAUGGAGCGUUUGUCGAUUAAACUUGAGACUGGCAGAGCAGGUAUACCAGGAGAUGGUGAUACAAGCUUCGAUAAUGAAGGGCACAAUAGAACGUUAUCCUCAGGAAGAGGCAAACAGAACUGGAAGAAAACUGCAGAACAGCUUGAUAUUUUAAAGCAAACGUUUGUCUACACACAAUGGCCUUCAAAUGAAGAAUAUGAUCAUCUUGUUUUAAAGACCGGACUGCCUCGUGUUGAUAUUGUACGUUGGUUUGGAGACUGCAGGUACUCUUAUAAAAAUGGCCCUUUAAAAUGGUACAGUCGUUAUAAAAAAGCUGCUGAGGCAGCAAAAGCACAAAUCAUGCAGACACUCAUAGACUAUCACAACCAGCAUCAUAUGUUGUGUGAAGAAGACAUUGAGGAUCUUUGUGAAAGUACCUCAAUGACUGCAGAUGAAGUGAAAGCGUGGUUUGCAGACAAGCAAGCAGAGGAAGAUAGAGUUCUGUCCAACGCAGACAGUGAAGACCAACACUCUGAUGCUGAUGAGAAGCCUGGAAACCUAAAUGCAGCAUGCGACAGGUUUUCAGAAGUCUAUGAGGACAAUGAAUAUGAAGAGCUAGAAUCAAACGAAGCUGGUUCAGAUUCCAUGGAGCAUUUGUCGAUUAAACUUGAGCCUGGCAGAGCAGCUGUAACAGGAGAUGGUGAUACAAGCUUCGAUAAUGAAGGGCACAAAAGAAAGUUAUCCUCAGCAAGAGGCAAACAUAACUGGAAGAAAACUGCAGAACAGCUUGAUAUUUUAAAGCAAACAUUUGUCCACACACAAUGGCCUUCAAAUGAAGAGUAUGAUUAUCUUGUUUUAAAGACCGGACUGCCUCGUGUUGAUGUUGUACGUUGGUUUGGAGACUGCAGGUACUCUUAUAGAAAUGGCCUUUUAAAAUGGUACAGUCGUUAUAAAAAAGCUGCUGAGGCAGCAAAAGCACAAAUCAUGCAGACACUCAUAGACUAUCACAACCAGCAUCAUAUGUUGUGUGAAGAAGACAUUGAGGAUCUGUGUGAAAGUACCUCAAUGACUGCAGAUGAAGUGAAAGCGUGGUUUGCAGACAAGCAAGCAGAGGAAGAUAGAGUUCUGUCCAACGCAGACAGUGAAGACCAACACUCUGAUGCUGAUGAGAAGCCUGGAAACCUAAAUGCAGCCUGCGACAGGUUUUCAGAAGUCUAUGAGGACAAUGAAUAUGAAGAACUAGAAUCAAACGAAGCUGGUUCAGAUUCCAUGGAGCAUUUGUCGAUUAAACUUGACGCAGAAUGAAUAAAGGCAAAGGAAAUAAUUUUAUGGAACAAAUUGAGGACAUUAAUCUCAAGCAGCGUUUUGCUGGGAUACCACUGGCAAUUGUACCCCAUAAUGGGAUAAAAAGAUGUAUGUGCAGGAUUCAAAGGGAUUUCUGUUUGCCUGUUGCCUUGAGCCAUUGAAAGAGACUCUAUACAGUUAUUAAUACUUUUCCAUAUUUUAAUUCUGUGCUCCGCUGAGCGACCCUUCUAGUACUUUUGUAAUUCAUUUGUUGCUAUUCCCUGGUCAGUGUAAAUGUAUGUGUUGGUACAGAUGCUUAUUUAUAUAACAAUUACAAGUGUAACAGUUUAGUAUUCACAAAUUAAUCAUUUGCUACAAAACUUUCUAGUGGAAAUGUUUGAACUAACUUGUUACAGAAAAUAAAGAGUUUUCUAUGA